AUGGCGUCCCUGCUGCGAAAGAUCCCUCUCCCCCCGCUCGUGCUCCCCGUCGUCGGAGCCGUCGGCGCGAUCGUCGUCCUCCUGAGAGCGAAGGAGGCGCUCUUCCCCGGGGACGACAGCGGCUUCAGCAAGCAGGUCAAGGCGUACAAGCGAUGCAAUCGAUGCUCGAAGAAGGGCGUGAAGGUUCGGUGUCACAAGUGCCGCCGCGCGUGGUACUGCUCGAAGCAGUGCCUAAAAGUGGCGCUGGAUCUCGAGCUGUGCGAGUGUCAGUGA